AUGCAGAGCUUAUGGUCGAGCCAUAGGAAGGCAAAAUUGAAUCUUAAUUCCAUUCCCGUGUUACCUGCUGAGAAUACACCAAUCGCAACUCCUCCAGCAACAGAUGAAAUAGCACAAGCCACUGUUCCUUUGGGUGCCUCAGAAGAGCCGUCAAAUCCGACUAGUAUACCAACUACUUCAUCCCCUAACGCUACACCAGCCAUCGUAGAUACACAGACGACACCCGUUAGUACGAAGAGGAAGCUUCGAAGCUCUCGUACCGGUGAAGACAGUAGCAAGCGCACGAAGCUUACCAGCAGCAGUGUAUCGAAGGACCACUCUCCACCAACCACCAGAUUGGCAGACCUUGGAGGGGUAGAAGCAUGCGUGGAGAAGAUGCUGGAACUGGUGGCGAUGCCGCUGUGUCAUCCUGAGAUCUAUUUGCAUACAGGCGUGCAACCCCCACGAGGUGUGUUGUUGCACGGUCCUCCGGGAUGUGGAAAGACGUUACUGGCGAAUGCCAUAGCAGGGGAGCUAGGGGUCCCGUUUAUCAGCAUAUCAGCUCCAUCGGUUGUUUCAGGGAUGUCUGGCGAGUCAGAGAAGACUUUGCGCGAUACAUUUGACGAGGCAAAGCGUGCAGCACCAUGUUUGUUAUUUAUUGACGAAAUCGAUGCUAUCACACCGAAGAGAGAAAGCGCACAGAGAGAAAUGGAGAGACGUAUAGUUGCUCAAUUUCUUACCUGCAUGGACGAUAUAUCAUGGGAGAAGACGGACAAUAAGCCGGUAAUCGUCAUCGGGGCAACAAAUAGGCCGGAUUCACUUGAUGCCGCACUUCGUCGAGCAGGACGUUUUGAUCAUGAGAUUAGUAUGGGCGUACCGGAUGAAGAGGGACGUGCAAAAAUACUGCGGGUGUUGUCGGCAAAGCUGCGACUGGAAGGAGACUUCAAUUUUGCUGUCCUUGCUAAAGCUACACCCGGAUAUGUAGGAGCUGAUUUAUCCGCUCUUACUGGAGCCGCUGGUAUCAUAGCCGUCAAACGAAUAUUUAAGCAGUUAUCGGACGGAACCCUCAUUCUUCCCGAGACACCUGAAAAAGGUAAUGCGGACGUUUUAAUGAUUAUAGAUCCACCACUCGAGGGAAUAGAGCAACCGUUAGAAUCUCCACCGAAUCAAAAUCUAUCGCCGUUUGCUGGACUUGCCGCCCAGUUUUCCUCCAGCUCCAUAGCACAUUUUCUUAGCGCUCACCCAGAUCCGCUGACAGAAGCGCAGCUCGCACCCCUCUGCAUCACUUCUGCCGAUUUUACGCUCGCGCUGAAGCAAGUUCAGCCGUCUUCGAAGCGUGAAGGCUUUGCGACUGUGCCUGAUGUGACCUGGGCGGAUAUCGGUGCACUGCACGGAAUCAGAGACGAGUUGCAUAUGGCAAUAGUGCAGCCCAUACGUAGACCGGAGCUGUUUAGUGCUGUAGGUAUCGAGGCUGCCUGUGGAGUUCUACUCUGGGGACCGCCUGGAUGUGGCAAGACGCUAUUAGCCAAGGCAGUCGCAAACGAAUCCCGAGCGAACUUCAUUAGCGUAAAGGGUCCCGAGUUGCUGAAUAAGUACGUCGGCGAAAGCGAAAGGGCGGUGAGGCAAGUAUUCUCUCGGGCCCGAGCAUCAUCUCCUUGCGUAAUUUUCUUCGAUGAGCUGGAUGCGUUGGUACCACGGAGAGAUGACAAUUUGUCAGAAUCUUCUGCCAGAGUAGUCAACACGUUGCUCACAGAACUUGACGGGCUCGAUGCUAGGAAGAGUGUAUAUGUCAUCGCAGCAACUAAUCGUCCAGACAUGAUCGACCCAGCUAUGGUGCGCCCGGGACGCUUGGACAAACUGCUAUACGUCGAUCUGCCAUCCCCCGAAGAGCGAGCAGAAAUCAUCCGCACGAUGACCCGAAAACUUCCUUUGGGUGCUGAAGAUGCUGCUCGCGAGCUCGUGCUCCAUCGUGUGGAAGAAAUCGUGAAGGAGCGAUGUGACGGAUACAGUGGUGCAGACUUGGCAUCGUUAGUGAGGGAGGCUGGUGUAGUAGCAUUAAGGCGCACGAUGGGAGCUCUAGACCAGCUGGAGGACAGUAUAGAACGCAAAGCUCCUCCUGUUCUAGUCGGAACUCCUGAUUUUUUGGGAGCUUUAAUCAAAGUUGGGCCCAGUGUUUCUGCUGCGCAACGCAGGAAAUACGAAGCCCUGAGGAACAAAUUCGCAGGAUUGCCCGUGCGUACAGGGAGGGAAGAAGACGAAAAACGUGUAGAGGAGAAAACGAAUUAG